CAAUUUAUUUUGCGAGCUUGGGAGUCAAAUGUUAUUUAAUUUAAUUAUAAUACGCAAAAUAGACAAUAAUUUUUAGUUUUAGUGUCAAUAGAGCCCUAAAUAUUUUUAUAAAUUAUUUAUUAUCCUUAAUUCUUAUGUAACGAGGGUAAUUUAUUCUAAUAUUCUGUGAGUGCUGUCAGCUGCUCACAAUAACCUUUCGUCAUUGCGAACGAGUAAUUACGCCUAAUUAGUUGAUAAAAAGUAUAACAGCAACCGUGAACAGCAUGGCGAAGGAAGAAGACGAUGAUUUGCCCGACAAGGAUGCGGCGAAGGAGUUCUACGCAAAAUAUGAACCCAAGGAAAUCAUAGGCAGGGGCAUCAGCUCAACCGUCCGGAGAUGCGUAGAGAAGGAGACAGGUCGGGAGUAUGCCGCCAAGAUCAUAGAUCUCAGUCAGGAGUCCAUGGAUGGAGUCGAUACGCACACCAUGAGAGAUGCCACCAAGCAGGAGAUACAAAUCCUGCGGAUGGUAGCAGGACACCCAUAUAUUAUUGAAUUACAAGAUGUGUUUGAAUCGGAAACAUUCAUAUUCUUAGUAUUUGAAUUGUGCAAGAAUGGAGAGCUGUUCGACUACCUCACUUCAGUGGUGACACUAUCUGAGAAGAAGACUAGAUAUAUCAUGAGGCAAGUCCUAGAAGGCGUGCGGUACGUGCACAGCAAGAACAUAGUCCAUCGAGACCUCAAACCCGAAAACAUCUUACUGGACGACCAGCUGAACGUCAAAAUCACGGAUUUCGGCUUCGCUAAAGUUCUUAAAGAGGGAGAGAAGCUGUUCGAGCUGUGCGGCACGCCGGGCUACCUAGCGCCGGAGACGCUGAAAGCGAACAUGUUCGAGGACGCGCCCGGCUACGGCAUGGAGGUCGACAUUUGGGCAUGCGGAGUUAUAAUGUUCACAUUACUAGUGGGCUGCCCGCCGUUCUGGCACCGGAAGCAGAUGGUGAUGCUGCGGAACAUCAUGGAGGGGAAGUACUCCUUCACGAGCCCCGAGUGGGCUGAUAUAUCAGAUGACCCUAAGGACCUUAUCAGGAGGCUAUUAGUAGUAGAGCCCAGCCAAAGGCUGCCCAUCGAAGACGCCCUCAGCCAUUCCUUCUUCAACACGGUGCUCUGGGACCAGGACAUGACGCCGCUCAAGAAGUCGCUCUCGAGCACCAGCCGUCGGAUGUCCAGGAUCGAACUCAUCACCAUGGCGAAAAAGCAGGGCAGCUUCAACGCGCGAGCCAAGCUACGUAUGGGUCUGAUGGCGGUCCGCGCGGCCAUACGCCUGAAAAGGCUGCCACACACCGCUGCCCGCGCUGUCUCGUUGCACGCGGCACUAGGAGACCCUUACACCAUGCGCGCGUUGAGGAAGGUGAUAGAUGGCUGCGCCUUCCGAGUAUACGGGCAUUGGGUUAAGAAGGGCGAGGGCCAGAACCGAGCCGCACUGUUCGAGAACAUGCCUAAGACCGAGCUCAAGAGUCUAUACGUCAGCAACCUCAGCCGAUAGCGAGAGCUGCAGCGCUGACAGGAUUUCUAAACAUACCAGGGUAAAAGGAUAGUAUCUUCCGGCCGAGCAAGUCACUCGACGUAGGACACCGCACGUAGUAGGUAUGCUGCCAUACAGGAUAAACUACCCUAUUAUCGGCUCCACCAAAGAUUGGCACCUUCCUUAUUUCAACACGCUCACUGUACGAUGUUCAAUUAACUCCGUUCAGGAAUGGUUAAGUCAAGGGUUUCCAAUGAAAAUAGAUUGCAAUUAAGGGUAAUUGCGCCAAUCAUCGGGUAGUUUACCCUACCCUAGUUGAAUUGUAAACGCUGUAUUAUUCAGAAUUUGUUAAAUGUAGGAUUAUAAUUGAGAUUUGUUAAUAUUAUUCUUAGUUUUUGAUUGUAGCUCACAUUAUUUCAUUUGGAUGAUAAAACGCUCACCCAGUUUAAAUAUGUAAGAUAUGCAAAGAAGUACUAAAACGCUUAAAGUAGUACAAAUUGUAGUCGCAGGUUUACAAAGUAGAUGGCGCUAUACAGCUCCGUACAGUCAGCAUCAAAUAGAUAGUCAGAGAGACAAUCAUAGACUAGGAAUCCUCUAGACGGAGUUUAAAGCAAUUAUUUCAUGAAACCGAUGCUGCUAAAAAUACUGGGAUGUGGGGGACGAGGUGAGCGAGGCCCGUGCCGUGAUUGGUCCGUUCAAAGACACGGACGUCACACAAAGACAUUUUGACUCGAAAAUGGAGUAAAACUACCGUAUUUGUGGCAGAGGGGGUAGAGCUACUAUGCUCAGUCGGGAGGAUGUCUUGUCUGACAAUAGAUAGUUUAGCUGUUUGGCCAAAUAUAUCGUAACCUUUGUUUACCAUAGAAAUAAAAAUGUGUUAUGAAUGCUGGCUGUACAUAAUGCGGUAAAUAUACUGUCAAAAAUGCAACUACAUUUUGCACUACGCGUACUAGUAUUCCUUCGUGUAUGAUAGGGUGGUUCAAAAAAUCUUUUUUUUUUUUAAUUUUCCGACGGGGCACCCCCUUAUUAUGCUGAUAAAUUACACCAAGUUUCGUUACUUUAUCUCAUCUACAAGGGGGUGCUCAACCACUUUGAAAUUUUGUAUGUUGUAUGAAACCCAAAAAAAAGUAUUUAUUAUUCAGAAUUUUAUUUAAGUAUCUGUUUUCACACUAUUUGCACAUGUGAGUUAUAAGUUUUGAAGUAGAAAUUGUUAUUUCUAUUUUUUAUAUUUUUUUUUAAAGUAAGAUUUUUUUUAAUAUCACCUAAAAACAAUCAUAAAAAAUAGAAAUAAAAAUGUUUUUUACUUAAUAAAUUUUAAACCACACUUUCAAAUAAUGUGAAACCUACUAGGUACUUUACAUAAAAAUCUAAAAAAUUAUAAUUUUUUUUUUUGGAUUUCAUACAACUUUAAAAAUUUCAAAACGUUGUAGUUGAGGUAAGAUUACAAAACUUGGCGUAUUUUGUCAACAUAAUAAGUGUAACAAAAUGACGGGGUGCCGCUUCUUCUAGCUAGUUUGUUUUUUUUUUUUCAUACAAACGUGAAUCACCCUAGUGUAUGAUCUAAGAGUUCUAAGAUGAUCAAAGAUUUUAAAUAGCUUAGAACGUAGGUUAACGUUGUUUCUCACUAUGUAGGUAUAAGGUCCACAAAUACAUGUACCUACCUAGAAAUAAUUUAGUAUUAUCGUCUAAUCAUUUCCUUUUGAUUAGUCAUAAGUUUAUUUAAUGUUUGUGUGUAAUUUUGUAAUUGUUGUAGAAUAGUUAGUUCUUGCCAUUGGCAUUGCGUUAUGUAAUUCUAAAUUAGGUAUCUGAGAUUACCUAAAUAUAAAUUUGCGUGCAAAAAAGACUAUGGCAAUACGCCAGUCUCGAUUUUAAAAUACAUUUAUGUAAUAUUUGGCAACUAUGUAAUUCUACUAACGGAGCAGGCUUUUCUGAUAAUGACGCCAUUCAUUUAUUACGUAAGACGAUUAUUGCCAGUUUUUGACCCCCUUCCUCCCCUAUGUAAGAAAAAAUAAGAAUAGGCUGACCCCCUCCCCCCUAUAUUACCAUAUAUUGCAUAAGAAUCUAAAGGAAAAAAUGAGUACACGUUUGGUUAGAUUUAGUUUUACUUAAAAAAUAAACAUUUUUGAAAGUUUAUUUGUUACCUACAAAGGUACUGCAUCGUGUUUGAUAGCAUAGAAUGUGAAAGUAUUAUUUUAAACGUAAUAAUUUCAUAGAAAUUAAAAAAAAUGGCAUCUUUGUGAUCUUACGUAAGAACUAUGAAAAUCCCCUCCCUCCCCUUGUAAGCAAGAAUAAGAUGUGUUCGACCCCCCUCCCGCCCCUAAAUCGUCGUACGUAAUAAAUGAAUGGCGCCUUAUCUCUUGGUGCAUCAAAACUUGUAAAACUACAUUAUCAUAUCUAUGAUUAUGAUUUGUAUUUCAUACUUAUACAUAUUAUCCUGUCUGUACAUAAUUAAACUGAUAUAUACAUACUUAGAUACAUAGAAAACAUAAACAACUCUGGGACAAUUGUUUGUGAUAUAAUUAUGUAUCUAUACCUACACACAGAUAAAAUAUCCCUUCCGGUAUUUGAACCCGGGACCUCCUGCUUUGUUUUGUAUAUUUUCUCUAAUGUACGUAGGAUUAUUUCAGUUUUCAUAAAAUAUUAAAACAAAAUUAGUAAAAUUGUACUUUACCCAAUUGUGAAGUUAUGUGAUAUUGAUAAUAUCGAUUUUUAAAUGUUUAUCUUUAUUUAAUUUUUUACGACACUUCGUCGUAAUAAAUAUGAUUAAUUGAUUAUGUAUGUAUUUAUUUAUUAUACAUAUAUUUUAGAAAUGUAUAAUAUUUUAAUGGUGCAAGUGUCUUGUACAGUAUCAAUAUAUUGUAAGUAAAAGCAAUAUUUCCAUGUAUAAUACAAAUAGAACAAAAGACAUAUGUUUUGUAUUUAUUAUUUUUCAUCACAAUUGCUCGAAAAAGAUCUUAUUUCAUGCAGGUGUACUAAAGGAUAAAAGCCUAUAUUAUUCCCUAUUAGGAGUUAUGGAUUGUGAAAAAAAGCUAUAACUCCCUAGCUUUUUCGCGAUUUCGGGAUUGGUCCCAUAGUAAAAGUUGCUCAGUAUAAUCCCAAAACCUCCCUGGCAACGGGAAUGCACUUAUUUUUUGGCCACCGUGUAUAUGGAAAUACACCGUAGGUACUUGAAAGCACACAAGCACAUACCACAAGUACUAAGUAAUUCAUGGGACUGUGAAAACCGUACGAGUAAAACGAGUUUUUUGGAAACUCCAAUGUUAUAGUAAUUUUGUGUUAUCUUGGGGUUUUCAGAAAAAAUGGUACUUACCAUAAUUUACUUUUUUCGAAAAAUCAUCAACAUUUGGGUAAUUUAGACAGAAUCACGAGCACUAUUGAAUGAGACAAAGAAAGUGUCCCCAGUUUUUCAUACAAAUUUUGGAUGUCUAGUUUUGUAACGGUCCAUACAAAAUGUAAGUAGUAUGUGAAAACAUGUUACAAAAAAGUAACAUUUUUGUUUGGGACAUAUUUCUUUUUAUUUUUACCGACUUCCAAAUCUCAAAGAAGGAGGUUAUCAAUUCGGUUGUAUGUUUUUUUUUUAAUCGAUAGUCCUCGUGAUUCUGAGUAGAACUAACCCAAAAGUUGAUGUUACUUUUAAGUGAAAAUGCCCAUCUAUUAUGUAAGUGCACGAUGGAACUGUGAUCCUACGAGCGACAUAGGCAAUAAGAGUAAGCAAUAUAUUUACCUGCCAUGUCACAGAUGCUUCUAAAUUAAUAAAUUAUCUACUAUAUUUAA